GAAAAAAAGAUACUACGAAAUUGUUUUUGAAUUUGAAUUUAUAGCAUGAUACUGAUUACUCUUCGAUACAUAUUUUAAACCUUCGCUAUACAUUGUCAAAUACGUGGAAGUGAUUAUCGUGUUAACUGAGAUCAUUUUCGCUCUUUUGGGAGAAUGCGAGUAUUAAUUUUGUUGGUGGCAUUGGCUCCGGACCUUUUGUUAGGUACCAAAGCAGCUUCCUGUUUAGACGGAUGGAUUUCGUACAGGUCUCAUUGCUAUUUUGUCGGAUAUGAACUACGGCUGCCGUUUUCCACUGCACAGAUAUACUGCAGGAUCAAUGGCGCUUACCUUACACGUCUUGACACUUAUUCUGAAUAUUUUUUCCUGAAAAAGUUGCUUAAAAGAACAAGAGCAUACAGUGCAUGGACAAGCUUGUCUGAUCAAAGAUAUGAAGGGAUUUGGCUAUGGCAUGGUACAAACGAACUAGCCACAUUUUCAGACUGGGCUCCUGGUAACCCAAACAACGACAAAAAUGAAGAUUGUAUGGGGUUUUAUCAUCGGCAUGGCUAUAUGUGGAACGAUUUUCCGUGCACGGUUAAACUGAUACCCAUAUGCGAAAGAUCUUAAACCCAUUCGUCUAUGAAGAAUUUAUUUAAAUAAAUGCUAUUGACUUACGCUGUUUAUAUCCAGAUACAUAAAUGAAACGAAAAUAAUAAAUUAUAGGCUCAAUUAUUUACAGCCGGUUCACUUUAUUUGGCAAGUAUAUGUAAACCGUCUAAAGUCUUGUAGGUGAUUCAAACACAAAUUUCAAAUGAACACAGUAUAUUGAGUAGUUUACAAUAUCGAAUUUUUAUUUUAGUACAAAAAAUUCAGAAUGCAUGAAAUAAACAUUUUUUAUCAUAAAUAAUUACCAAAUAUUACUGUCAGCAUCGAAAGUAAUAUAAUGCUAUUUAUCAAGUGAUUUCAUAUUAGCUAUGUCAUUUUUCCAUGUCGACCAGAGCCAUUAAUCCGAUAAUCAAUACAAAAUUUUGAAGUGAAUACAAAGUCACCGACUAAAUGAGGUUACUUUAACUUUUUACAUUAAUUUGAUAUUUCUUUUCAAUAUUGAGAAAGACGUCAGUUUUUGUUUUAAAGUGAAUUCAGCUUCGCAGAUAAGUAAACAAAUAUUCUAAGUUAAAUGUUCACUAACGCCUGUUACCCAUCACUUACAUUUUAAAAGCAUCCACAAAUUAUUUCUCCAGCUUAAGGUUAAAGUUUAAUUUAAGGUUCACUGUCCGCAUCUAUGAUUAAAUUAUUCCUACAUUUGUGCGAAACAAAACAUUAUUAUGAUUGUUUGAAAGAGUUCACAUGACCUGAGUUUAUACUCCAGUAGCCAUAAUUAUGAAACAAACCUAAAUUUCAGAGCAACUGAUUUGAAAUUGAAACAUAAUCUUUGUAAUUUAGGUUACCUAUUGUAUCAACGGAGUCUGCUUUUGUUUACAUCAAUAAAUUAACAAAGGAAGCGGCAUUAAAAGCAAAUGCCGUUUCAACUAGCGUUUGUUAGUACAGUGGUCUGUAUGGUGAUUUAUUAUCGGUGUAUGGCCAUUUUCAGCAAUACAUUUCUUUUGGUCAGCAUUGCACAUGAGAAAUAUGUAAGAACUAUGCAUCCAUUUCUUACUUUUAAAACGUGGAAGAGCAUAUUGCAUUAUAUCUCAAGGACAAACUAGGUAUUCUAUUAUUUUGAUGUUACAUCCAUGCUUCCAAAGAUAUUCGUAUGCAUGUGAUUUUCUGUUUUGUACAAUUAUAAGAUUAAAAAUGUGUCUUUUAUAGCCAAUUAAGUUGCUAAAUUUGCGUAAAUAUUAAUCAGUUUGCUUUACACUUUUUAGGGAUUUGAUGUAAAACGUCUUGUAUCGUUUGUAUAUUUACUAGUAUGAAUUACUCUCCGGCGUAAUGCUCUAUGCAUAUUUAUUUAUUAGUCUUCACUGUAAAUGCUCCAAGUCUCUGAUUAAUAUAUUUCGAUAGCGUAUUAUUAUCUCUUUUGUCAGUUAUUUGUAUUUUGAUAAAGAAUAGAAUGAUUAUAAAACGACAUCUAAAUCACGAAAGAUGAUAACUUAUAUGAGCAGAAGAUUCAAGUAAUCUACAUAAAAAUGAGAGCAUUGCAUUUUUUCAGAUAAUGUAUAUUAAACAUGUUUUAAAAUUCUCGUAUGUUAGAAUGUUUCACGCGGUAUUAUUAUUAUUAUUAUUAUUAUUAUUAUUAUACCAGAUUUAUAAAGCGCCCUUUUCAUGAUAAAAAGUUCAAAGGCGCCAUACAUAUAGCAAACGCAGCCACACAGGACGAGAAAUUCAUCCUCUACUAGUACAAAUACAGAGCGAUCUGAUCAGUGGGACAGAGUGAGAUAAAGUCCACGGAACAGAUAGAGGGAAGCCUGAAUGUUCUAAACAGUAUUCAGUAUAUUUUGUUUUAAAAGAAGGAAGCCUGAAUGUUCUAAACAGUAUUCAGUAUAUUUUGUUUUAAAUAUGUCAGCAUAAUUGCAAUAAUUUUAGACUAAUUCCGAAUAAUUUAAAUUUUUUGCCUUCUUGUUAUUAUGAUAAAAUUCCUUAGGUAUGUUUUAAAUAAUUUUAUUUCUUAGUGUUCAUCAGAAUCUUCCAGUAUAUCUAGAAAUAUUUCUGAACUGAUAUAUAUUGACGUCAGUGACUCUAUUUGCUUGUAAUUUUUCAAAUCAUAUGUACUGUAUUUUAUGUUUCAAAACGAUUGUUCAUUUCUUUUUUCAUUUUAUAUUAAUUAUAGAGCAAACAUAUUGUUUCCUUUUCUUGUUUUCUGUUUUCGUCUUAACAGCAAGAUGCAAUUUCGUGAA